CUUUAUAACUUAGCUAAUCUGAUUUAAGAAGUUGCGGCGUUUUGCACUCAUUUCUUGUCUAAAUAUUUGUAAAUUUUAUUCAAUACAGAAAAGAAAAUAAAGAUAAACUAUUAUGUCAGACACCGAGAAAAAUAUACCCGAAGGUUGGGAAGUGCGUAAAAGUCGGUCAACGGGAUUGACUUAUUAUUUAAAUAUUUAUACAAAAGAAUCCCAGUGGGAUUUACCGUCUGAGCCCGCAAAAAAGGAGUCGUCUGGUCCUACUGAGGUGCGAUGCUCCCAUUUACUUGUUAAGCAUAAAGGUAGUCGCCGUCCUAGUUCAUGGCGCGAAGAAAAUAUUACGCGAUCUAAAGAAGAAGCACGUGCGAUUUUAGAUGACUAUCGCAAGCAGAUUGAAUCUGGUGACACUACAUUAGCCGCACUAGCAACUAAGUACUCUGACUGCAGCUCCGCAAAACGUGGCGGAGAUUUAGGCCCAUUUGGCAAAGGUCAAAUGCAGAAGGCAUUUGAAGAUGCAGCAUUUAGUUUGAAGGUUGGACAAAUGUCGAAAAUUGUCGAUACAGACUCCGGACUACAUAUAAUUCUACGUACGGAAUAAACAAUUUAUAUUAACAUAUAAUUCUCCUAAUCGAUUUAAUUAACUAAAAUCGCAUUUAAAAAUUUCUAAUAACUAAACUUUUUAUUUUAUCUGUAAUUACUUUCAUAUUGUUAGCUAAACAAGUAAUCCAUUAAAAUUAUCAAAAAUACAUAUGAUAAAAUUAAAAUAAAUCAAACGAUACUAUA